UUUAGACGCGGAUACAGCCAUACAGGUACAACAGCCUCCUCGGCCCAUGUGUGCUGUGCUCACCAAUUUAUUCGCAUUCCAAAUUCCAUCCAGCCUGCUCGUUGCUUCGCCUUUGCGCUUUGGCCUCUCGCCGCGCCGGCUCCGCCGUCCGCGUUCUUCGCCACAUCUCUUUCUUCCCGGACUCCGGCGCUCCCCCGCGGACGUACCGGCCAUGGAUCCCCCAUCCGCUCAGGUGAUGUCCACGACCGACGACUUCCAGGACAAGGCCGUCGACGAGUGUUGCUCUUGCUGCUACGAUUGCUGCUCCAGCAUCCUGGACUUCCUCUGCUGCUCGUCUUGAUCGAUCGAUGUCGAUGCUGAUGCUGCUCCUCGACGGCCCUGCGGAAUUUCUCAAGGAAGCGGAGGCCGGCCGGCCACACCGUCGCCUCGCUGAUCUUGGAUUCUAGGAUGUCGUGGGAUUCGUAUGUUCUUUAUGAGGUCCUUCGGUGACGAUAUUUGUAAAGCCGGAUUCAGUUCGUCAGUAACAGUAAGGAAACUUGAUAGACUGCUGCACUAAUCUUCAACCCUGCGGCGAUUUCCUUGUCAGAAAACUUUCUGUGCGCUUGCAGAUCGAUUCUCUGUUUGGAAUUCUUACGGAUGACGUGCGCUCGCACUUGAUACGCUGCUGUAUUACACAUUUAUUUACGUUUCUUGUGCACUGAACAUUGGCAACCAGAGCACUUCAAGUCCUCUUCCCUGCA